CUGCUGGACACAUGCAACGGCGCCAUCGGGUUUUCUAGUUCGUUGUUUAGUUAAAUAUGUUUCGCUAACGACAGCUAGUCAUCGUCCGGUAGCAUGAUAAGCUAAAAACAUUAGCAUUAGUGAGAGAGACUAGAGACCACAGGGGUUUAGCAAACAAGUUUAACUUGUAUUAAACUGUAACAAUCAACUAAAUAAAUCAUCUCCUUUCCUCCGCUCUGUUUCUGACUACUUCAUUGGAUUUAACUGCAUUGCCUGCAGCUGUGUUCCCAUCGUCCAUUGCAUUGUCUAGCUGAAGCGACAUCAUCAUGAGGAGGAAGAUGAGGAGGAGGAGGAGGAUGGUGCUGCAGUCUGUCCUCUGAACUGUAUGGAGGAUGUGGUUCUGCACUAUCAGCCUGGAUCAUCUGCUGGGCUCAGCUCUCUGUUAGAGAGGACAGAGAAGCUUCUGGAGUCUUUCCCCCGUCGGAUUCCUCCGGUCUUCACCCCCUGGUCCCCCACCGCCGCAGACCACCACUUGCCCAUCAGACCGGCCAAACCAGCUCCUGUCAUCACCUGCUCGGGUGACUUACACUUCUCUGACAGCAGGACGCACCCUCACACAGCACAAAUCCAGCUACAAAAAUCUGAAGUUGAUGGUCUAGUUGCUAAAAGACUUCAGGAUCGUCCACCUGCAGAGACGCCACCUCAAAAUACACAAGAACCCAAAGAUGCCGCAUGCAUCUCAGAAGCCCCAAACCAUCUGUUUCCAGAGAGAGAGGUCACCGUAUUGCCUCUUGAAAAACACAAAGAUGGCCUCGCUGUCACAGACUCGCCGGUCAAACGGUCCUGGAGCAUCUUUACACAGAAAGGAGGUCUGCUGCAGAGCUCCCCGUCCCUGUCCAAACAGUUCCAUCACAUGGUGUCCGUCCACAGACUCCACCUCCACCAGAGGGCCAAAUGGGUGAUCAGUCAGCACAACUGUGGGGCGGACAGGGACAUGGAACAGGUGUGGCGGACUCUGAGCCUGUCGGUCCGGAGCUCCAGGCUACCUACGUGUAACGCCAACAUCCAGAGGGAGCGGGCGGAGAUCUGGGUGUUCUGUGACGUGCUUCACUCCGAGCAGGUGGGUCGUCUCCUGAAGGCCGAGCUGCAGCUGUCGGGGAGGAUCGGCCUGUCGGUUCACAGACUGGAAAACAUCUUCACCAUGUAGAGGAGCUUCAGCUGGAACAGUGUGAUCAAUGCAAACAUGGCACAGACUCAAAUAUGACAAACGUUUUACAGCUUCAGAUGAGAUCCAGAGGAACAAACACAUUUAUAUGUUUAAUUAUCAAAAUGCUGUCUUAAUGCUAUAUUUAGAAUAUCCCACUAUUUUACUUUUCCUUAACAGCCCACUCUAGCUAAUCCGAACUAACCCUUUAAAACACAAAAGUCACAAACUAACAGAUCGAGGCAGCGGUAGAUCAGUAGCUCCCGUAUUCUGCAAGGAAAAAUGACUGUUUUGUCGAUGGAGUCUGGUGGCUUUGAAGAGAGCAUUGAUGGAUAUAAUGAUACAUUAUAUCCAUCACGGAUUAUGGCUAAGUACUUCAAACAACUCCACUUCAAAACAUCCUAACUGUGUCUUUAAAACCCGGAUAAGGUGUUUACAUGUGCAACACAUUACCAAUCCUCCUAAAAGCUGAUCGUACCCAGGAUACUAGUGCACAUGUAAACACUACAUGAUGGAACAUUUCAACAUCAUCAGCAAGUCGGCAUAUAUUCAGUAUUUAUUGAAUAUAAAAGCUGGUAAAUUCACAACAUACACAACUAUUUUCUAAAUUGCCAUAGUGCUUUUUACAUUGAACAUUAUUUCUCUCAUGACAACAAUCCUUACAAGUGCAGAACUUCAUUAAUAUUUUAUAGAAAUCUACUUAAUUAAUGAACUGAACUGGGGGGCAUUGAAAUUGUGCCAAAUUCCAGUGUGUUUUGUAUAUGUAUAUGAAUUUGAAAAGAGAUGCUUAUGAUUAUAUUUUUUUAAUGGAUCUUCUUCUCACUCUGUUGUAAAUAAAGGGUUAUUAUUUUAA